AUGCGGUUACGUGUUUUCGUCCUAGCCUGUCUCCUAAUCAAGGGGCUGGCUCGAACAGAGGAGGUGGAAGUAGUCGAGGCGAUUCCAGGCGAGGAGAAGAGGAACGAGAAUUCUGCGUUAAAUCGGCAGGACAACGACAUCAAUAGUUCCGACCAGCUAGCACUUGAGUCAUUGGGGGAAAAGGAUGGGGCUGGAAGUCACUACAAAUCUGGUGGUCUCCGAGGUAAUCCACUUGCGUUGCCACCAGGUCGAGGUGGGAUUGGGAUUGGUCAUUCACGACCACAUCACAAUGUCGCUUAUCAUGGCCCACCACCGCCUUUGCCAGCGCACAAGACGCAAGCCGAGGCUAUGGAUAAGAUUUAUACGACCGGUGGUGGUGGUGUUAGCACAGCGGUAGGUGCUGAACCAUGGCCCGCACCUACGCCAGACAUGCCAAAGAUCGUAUCGCUCGACGUAAAGUGCGAGAAAAGUUUAAUGAAGGUCUAUCUUGGCUUUGACAAGCCUUUCUAUGGUAUAGUCUUCAGUAAGGGACACUAUAGCAACGUCAACUGUGUUCAUUUACCUGCUGGACUCGGUCGUACAUCGGUUAAUUUUGAAAUAAGCGUGCACGCUUGCGGUACCGCUGGCAAUACCGAGAAUGGCCUUUAUGGGUACGGAGCUGGAUCGGGGACCUAUUUCGAAAACAUCAUUGUCAUACAAUACGAUCCGCAGGUACAAGAAGUCUGGGACCAAGCUCGGAAAUUACGAUGCACUUGGCACGAUCUAUAUGAGAAAUCAGUUACCUUCCGACCUUUUCCGGUCGACAUGUUGGACGUCGUUCGUGCGGAUUUUGCUGGCGACAAUGUCGGUUGUUGGAUGCAGAUACAGGUUGGUAAAGGUCCUUGGGCAUCGGAAGUAUCUGGGUUGGUUAAGAUCGGACAAACUAUGACGAUGGUAUUGGCGAUCAAGGACGACGAUUCCAAGUUCGACAUGCUUGUAAGAAACUGCAUGGCACACGAUGGCAAACGAGCACCGAUACAGCUCGUUGAUCAAAGGGGCUGCAUCACCAGACCUAAAUUAAUGUCGAGAUUCACGAAGAUCAAGAACUUCGGUGCUUCCGCUUCUGUAUUGUCCUACGCACACUUCCAAGCGUUCAAGUUUCCAGAUUCUAUGGAGGUACACUUUCAGUGUACCAUUCAAAUAUGUAGAUAUCACUGUCCAGAACAAUGUUCUGAAUCUUCACCGUUGCUCGAACCACAAGGACCUGGAUUAUUCGAGAAUCAUCAUCAUCAUCAAUCGAAUGGACCACCUGAUGCUGGUUACGGUUUGCCACCUCCUUUACCUAUACCUUUGGAAGCAUACUUGCAAGCAGCUGCUGGUAGACCCAGAGACGAAAGACGUAGAAAAUCUCGGGAGAUUGUAGCGACUCCUGAAAAAUCUGUUGGUGUCAACAGAAUCAUAAGAGUCGUUUCAACCGGUGACCUUACAUUUUCCAUCGACGAGAACAACGCGGACUUGAAUGGUCCGACAAUGGUUUUCCCUCAAAAGAGCGAGACCUCCGCGGGCUCGACGAUGAUCUGUAUGACUACACCUGGAUUCGCAGUGACCCUCGUCGUACUACUUGCGGUAUUACUUUGCUCCUGUAUUCUUUCGACCUAUCUCUGCAUACGUCUAAGACCUUUCUCCGGUAAAUCUAGAAAAUCGGUUACCUAUUGCAGCAGAGAACAAAACGGUGCGUCUAAAAAAUCGUCGAGGAUGUGCUUCUAUUCCUAG